CCAAACGGGUCACUACUCUCUCGCUCUACAAUGUCUGCAAAGCUCUCAACUUUUCUCUCUCUAGACCAAACCCACUGUAGCAGAGACUAGCACAGGAGAGGAGCUGUUCUCUUCUCUCUCUCUCUUUAACCUUCCCCUUUGUUUGAUAACACUAAAAAAAAAAGAAAAGGAAACCCCUCCCCCCACUCUUCGCCUUUUUCUUUUUGUUGUUCCCAGUGGGUAAUAUUCAGAACCUUAUCAGCUAAAUUCCCAUCAUCUCUGGUCUCUUCUCCUCAGCUUCCGUGAACCCUCCAGGUUUGGAGCAUUCAGAUCUGAAGUAGUUCUAUUUUUCUGAUGAUCAUUUAUGGGGUUCUCCUUCCUUUUUGGAGUUUCUUAUUUUAGGGGAGAUCUGUAAAAGCUUUGGAAAGACUUGUUUAUUUGUUGAGCAUUUGGCUUUAACUCAGUUUGAGGACUAGAAGGUUGUCUGGUUUUUGUUGUCUUGUGGAAAAAGAACAACCACAAAAUGCAUAGGCCUCCACAAGAAGAUUUUAUGCUGAAGGAGACCAAACCCCACCUUGGUGGGGGGAAGGUCACAGGUGAUAAGCUCACUAGCACCUAUGACCUAGUUGAGCAGAUGCAAUACCUUUAUGUCCGGGUUGUGAAAGCGAGAGAUUUGCCUCCGAAAGAUGUCACUGGUAGCCUUGAUCCUUAUGUUGAAGUUAGGUUGGGGAACUACAAAGGCACGACCCGCCACUUUGAGAAGAAGAACAACCCUGAAUGGAACCAGGUCUUUGCUUUCUCGAAGGAACGCAUUCAGGCUUCGAUGCUCGAGGUGAUUGUGAAAGAUAAGGAUUUUGUUAAGGAUGAUUUUGUGGGUCGAGUUGUAUUUGAUUUGCAUGAGAUUCCAAAGAGGGUUCCACCGGAUAGUCCUCUGGCUCCUCAAUGGUAUAGGCUGGAGGACAAAAAGGGGGAUAAGAUUAAAGGAGGAGAGCUGAUGUUGGCCGUUUGGAUGGGAACCCAAGCGGACGAGGCAUUCCCUGAUGCGUGGCAUUCUGAUUCUGCAGCUGUUAGCGGUCAUGAUGGCCUUGCAAAUAUAAGAUCUAAGGUGUAUCUCUCACCCAAGCUUUGGUACUUGAGAGUUAACGUGAUAGAAGCUCAGGACUUGGUGCCCAACGACAAAAGCAGGUUUCCCGAAGUUUUUGUGAAGGCAAUUCUGGGAAACCAGGCUUUGAGGACCAGAGUUUCCAUGAACAAAACCAUCAAUCCAAUGUGGAACGAAGAUUUAAUGUUUGUAGCGGCAGAACCAUUUGAAGAGCAGCUGAUUUUAAGCGUGGAAGACAGAGUUGCACCAAACAAGGAUGAGGUUCUUGGAAGAUGUGCAAUACCAUUGCAGUAUGUGGAUAGGAGGUUCGACCAUAGGCCUGUGAACUCGAGGUGGUUUAAUCUCGAGAAACAUAUUAUUAUUGAGGGGGAAAAGAAGGAAAUCAAGUUUGCCAGCAGGAUUCACAUGAGGAUAUGCUUGGAAGGUGGCUAUCAUGUCCUGGAUGAAUCUACCCACUAUAGCAGCGAUCUUAGGCCAACUGCAAAGCAACUAUGGAAGUCCAAUAUUGGCGUUCUUGAAUUGGGUAUCCUCAAUGCUCAUGGCCUUUCACCUAUGAAGACAAAAGAUGGGCGUGCAACGACCGAUGCAUAUUGUGUGGCUAAAUACGGAACAAAAUGGGUCCGGACAAGGACUAUUAUCGACAGUUUUACUCCCAAGUGGAGUGAACAGUACACUUGGGAGGUAUUUGAUCCGUGCACUGUUAUUACGAUUGGUGUAUUUGAUAACUGCCAUCUUCAGGGAGGAGAUAAAUCUGCAGGGGCGAGGGACUCGAGGAUUGGAAAGGUCAGAAUUCGACUUUCUACACUGGAGACUGGUCGUGUUUACACGCAUAUUUAUCCACUCCUAGUUUUGCAUCCUAAUGGAGUGAAGAAGAUGGGUGAAAUUCAUUUAGCUGUGAGGUUUACUUGUUCGUCGUUGCUAAAUAUGAUGCAUAUGUACUCGCAGCCCCUGUUACCGAAAAUGCACUAUAUUCAUCCAUUGACUGUUAGUCAGGUUGAUAACUUGAGGCACCAGGCCACUCAGAUCGUUUCGGUGAGACUUAGCCGAGCAGAGCCGCCUUUGAGAAAAGAGGUUGUGGAGUAUAUGCUGGAUGUUGGUUCUCACAUGUGGAGUAUGAGGCGAAGCAAGGCUAACUUUUUCAGAAUUAUGAGUGUUUUAGGCGGGUUGAUUGCAGUUGGGAAAUGGUUUGAUCAAAUAUGCAAUUGGAAAAACCCUAUCACGACUGUUCUGAUUCACAUCUUGUUCUUGAUUCUGGUUCUUUAUCCCGAACUUAUCCUGCCUACCGUUUUCCUAUAUCUCUUUUUAAUUGGAAUCUGGUACUAUCGAUGGAGGCCGAGGAAUCCUCCUCACAUGGACACCCGCAUCUCUUGUGCUGACAAUGCCCAUCCCGAUGAACUCGACGAGGAGUUUGAUACCUUUCCAACUUCACGUCCCCCCGAUGUUGUGAGGAUGAGAUACGACCGCCUUAGAAGCAUUGCGGGAAGGAUUCAAACUGUCGUUGGCGAUUUGGCUACUCAAGGGGAGCGGCUGCAGUCUCUGCUGAGCUGGAGAGACCCGAGAGCCACCGCUCUUUUCGUGAUUUUCUGUCUCGUCGCUGCCAUAGUCCUCUACGUCACGCCUUUCCAAGUCGUGGCCCUUCUCGCUGGAUUCUACAUGUUAAGGCACCCGAGGUUCCGCCACAAGCUCCCCUCCGUACCUCUCAACUUCUUCCGAAGACUACCGGCCAGAACAGACUGCAUGCUGUGAGCAAUGAUUUUGGUUUACCUUCUCGUUUGUUCAUCGCUUUCUGUCCAUGGAGAUGCGAAGACCUGGGGCUCUGUUGCUGCGACGGCUAGUGAACAUUAGGUACUGUUAUGUGUGUAAAUCCCCAGCCCCUAAAGAACCCUACUAGUCUUGGGGAUUUUUAAUUGUUCAUUAAUUUUUAUGCCUUAUGUUGCCAAUCCAUGUUUAUUUACAGUCUUGUAAACCCUAAUUUCUUUUGCUGGACCUUCUCCAUGGUUAAUUAUUAAGUUCUAUCUAUGCAUUGCCCUUCUUCUCCAUGGUAAAA